AUGAAUUCCUAUCUGCUCAACAGAGCCCUUGGGUCUGUCACUCCAUCUGCCUUCCAUGUCGCCCAAACCACCCGACUAGUCCACCACCUCGAGCCCGCGCCGGGCAUCCGCUUCUCCAGUCCCCGGCCGGGUGCGUCCACACAGCACGAAGACGAUGUCGCGCCACUCGAUAGAGAGCUCGACCCGGUCGCGGAAGUGUUUGCGCAUAAGUCGGGAGUGAACUGCCUGGCCAUCGAUCAAUUCGAGGGACGAUAUAUGAUAUCCGGCGGCGCUGACCCCUCGAUUCGCUUGUGGGACCUUGAGACUAGAGGGUCGCAGCUCGAACACGUCCAUCGGUCCUGCGCGUCGAUCAGUAAAUCUUCGCAUGAGGAUGCGCACACCCACGCCAUCACCUCGCUCUCCAUAUACCCGUUCGAUCCCGUUCCGUCCACUAUAUUCUCCACGUCGCAUGAUGGCACAUUGAAACUGUCUGCGCUGCAGUCGCCAGCGAUUACACCACUGCAUACAUUUACGCUCGACUGCACACCGUACUCGCAUUCCUUCUCAGCUCAGCCCGCGUCGACCCUGCUCGUUGCGGUAGCCACAUCGGAUCCGACAGUGCGGCUGGUGGAUUUACGCUCGGGACUAUCGACGCAUGGCUUGCCUGGACACACCGCUGCUGUGCUCUCAGUAUCGUGGGCUCCUCAUCGGCCGCACCUGUUGGCGUCGGCCUCGGUCGAUAAUCGCGUAAUCAUAUUUGACGUGCGUCGCGGAGGCCACAAUUCUGCAAUUGCGACUCUGGAUAUGGAUGACCCGGUGGGAUUGGUUAAUGGAUCAGGGGGUGUGUCAACAUCGUCGGAAAGCCGGUCAGCAUUCUCUCGGCAUGGGCGUGCCCACAAUGGAGCCGUGACUGGUGUGCGCUGGACAUCAAAUGGCAGCCACAUAAUCACUACUGGGCAGGAUUCCCGAAUCCGAGUGUGGGAUGCAGCUACCGGCGCAAACACACUCGUGCACUUUGGUCCGCGAGUGCGAAAUACCGCAUCCUCGCAUUUGGCAGAGCGGGCGCCGCUGAUCAUCCCGAAGGGACUCAUGAACUCAGGCCAAGAAACACUUCUUUGGCCGAAUUUCCACGAACAGGAUGACCGUGGGGAGAUCUUUAUGUUUGAACUCCGCGAGGGGACCUUCAUUAAGCGUCUCCGCGUACCGGGUCUCUCAACAGGACCGCAAGCAUCCCGUGGUCGGUCAACGGCACUGAGUGCUGCCCGCAUCAACGACCUCGUCUGGCGCGGAAACGGGGCUUCUGGUGAAGGCCUCGAACUGUUCUCCGCGCACGGUGACGGAACUAUUCGGACUUGGGUGUCUCGAGAGCCGGAUGGAGAGCCGGAUGAGGCCGAGGAGGCUGCUCAGGCCGAUCGCAAGAGAAAACACGAUGUGUUGGAAGAAAUCUACCAGGGGUUUAUUGGAGCUGAUCCACGGCUACAUACUUGA